AUGGACCUAACGUCGCUGGAUUCCAUCUCAAAGAGCAUAAUAUGGCCUUCCUCACCACGCGACCUGAAGAAAUUGUAUAGGGGUGAACCGAUGGCCCUGGGGAUCACGCAGAUCCUGAUUGGCAUCCUGGAACUCGCUUUUGGGAUUGUGAGAGCCAUGGCACGAAAUAGUACUAGAAUCUAUCUCCAUGUCAGUCAUAUCAUAACUCCAUAUUGGAUGGGAAUCCCGUACAUCAUCUCUGGAUCCCUGUCUGUGGCGGUUGCCAAGAACACCAAGAUACCACUGGUGAAAGGCAUGCUGGCAAUGAAUGUUGUGAGUUCCGUGGCAGCUGGCAUCGGGAUUAUCUUGCUCUCCUUUUCAGUAUCAGAAAGAGGACGCUAUAUGUGCAAUUCAUACUAUACCAGCAGCAUCCCACCUGAAAUUUGCCAUGAAAUCAUUACCAUCCCUGAGACUCAACUGCACCACAUGUCAGCAGUUCUCCUGGCCUUCACCGUCCUGGAGUUCCUCAUCACCAUCACCACCGCUGCCUUUGGAUGUGCCAGCCUGUGCCGGAACAGCUUCAGCGAAACGACGGUCGUGAUUUUCCAGAACGCAGGCCAAGGGUCCCCCCCGGCUGUCUUGACACCCAUCAAGGAGGAUGAGGCACCCUGA